UGUGCCAAUGGAAGCACAACCAUCAAAGCUUGUUGGCAGCAUAGGUUCAAAAAACCGAUAUUUCGACUUUGACAAACUGGCUGAGGUUACGGCAAUUGUAACCACAAACCUUAAUAAGAUAAUUGAUGUCAAUUACUACCCUAUUGAAACUGCGGAAAGGUCUAAUUUACGACACAGGCCGGUAGGAAUUGGGGUGCAGGGUCUUGCAGACACUUUCAUUUUGCUGGGCAUGGCAUUUGAUUCUCUGGAGGCACAACAGUUGAACAAGGACAUAUUUGAGACCAUAUACUACCAUGCUUUAAAAGCUUCAUCUGAAUUAGCUGCGAAAGAAGGUCCAUACGAGACCUAUGUUGGCAGUCCCAUGAGCAAGGGAAUUACCCAACCGGACAUGUGGGGAGUAAAUCCUUCAGAUAGGUGGGAUUGGAAUGCUCUUCGGGCAAUGAUAGCAACAAAUGGAGUGAGAAAUUCACUUCUUAUAGCACCCAUGCCCACUGCUUCAACCAGCCAGAUUCUUGGGAAUAAUGAAUGCUUUGAGCCAUAUACAUCAAAUAUCUACAGCCGCAGAGUUCUAAGUGGUGAGUUUGUUGUGGUGAACAAACAUCUUCUUCACGAUUUGACUGAGAUGGGGCUUUGGUCUCCCACUCUUAAGAACAAGAUAAUAUACGAGGAUGGUUCUAUUCAGAAAAUUCCUGAGAUUCCUGAAGAGCUUAAAGUUAUUUACAAGACUGUUUGGGAGAUCAAACAACGAGUAUUGGUUGAUAUGGCUGUUGAUCGAGGAUGCUACAUAGACCAGAGCCAAAGCCUUAAUAUCCACAUGGACCAACCAAAUUUUGGAAAGCUUACUUCCCUGCACUUCCAUACCUGGUCUAGGGUAUGCUUGUUUAUGAUAUAUGCUUGAUU